AUGAUCGGCCCGCCUCGCCCGCCGCCUCCUCCUGCUGCGCCAACUGCGCCUGCUGCUGACUCGGACUCGGACUCAGACUCGGACUCAGACUCGUCAGACUUUGACGCCGUUGCUAUGUUCUCGAUUCCCCUCUCAGCCUACGCCUGGAUGUCACGCACCGCGCCUGCUGCCAUCCCUCCGCCCCGUAAUCCCGCCUCUGGCACGCCCGAGCCGCCCGAGAAUCCAGCCGCAACGGCUCAUGCUCGCAUGGUCUCGGCCUUGGCAGCUCCGACAUCGGCAGAUCGCCUCUGGUCCGGCGCUAUUGAUGGCUCGGUCCGGGUCUACGACUUUGGCCUCCUUGGUGCCGGCCUCUCGUCCAUGCGCGUCUUUCAGGCUGCUGACAACUCGCCUUCCAUCUUUACACUGCACGACGCGGAUGGUUCGCGGCUGGCUGCGUCGACCAUCGGUGAUCCGUACAUCCGUGAUCAGCGCAUGACAACCGGCCACACGGGCUCGAUCUGCAACGCGGUUUUUGUCUCGUCUACGCGCGUUCUCUCCGGAUCCAUGGAUGGUACUGUACGCCUAUGGGACGCGUCGGGAUCCAGCAAUGCCCGCCAAACCCUGGUCAUGCGCACCAAGUCGACGACUGGCACCCGAACCGCUGUCUCCCACAUUGCCACCAACGCCGACGGCACCCGCUUCUUUGCUGGCUGCGCCGAUGGCUCGCUACAAGUCUUUGACCCGCGCGCGAACCUUACCAAACCUACGGCUCUCGUCAUCAACAAGAUGCACGGCUCGCAUACCCCACAGCUCUCGGCCCGCCCGCUCUUUACCCGUCCGUCCUCGGGCUCGGCCUCCAUUCCCGGCGGCAACAUCACGUCCAUGCUCGUAUCUGCUGACGACCGUCUGUUUGUCGCGCGCGCCCAAGACGACUCACUUCGCAUCUGGGAUGGCCGCAAGGUUGAUCGCCCAAUCAAGGUCUUUGCCGGCCUGGCUGCACCCAUCGAGUUUGCCGGCCUGGCCUUCUCGCCCAUGGAGGCCCUCAUCUGCCUCACCACAGGCUCGACCGAUGCCGCGCCCGCUCGCGCCGUCUUUGUUGACACCGUCACCUUUGAUGUUGUCCAUCAGGAGCCUCUCUCGUCGCGGACACAUGCAGGGCCUAUUCUCUAUCCUGAACCGCUGAAGCAGAUGUUCGUCGGCAUGGGCGACGGAUCGCUUCUCGCUCUCUACGACGAGCAGAUCUCGUGCGGCGGUGUCAAGCGAGGCGUGCGCGUCAAGGCCCCUGUUCGCGACGCCUCGGACACCCUGGUCUUUCUUCCCGACGUUGUGGAUCCGACCGCCGGCGCCGAAGGCCCUCUCGCCGGCAAGGGCCACUCGGGCAAGCUCGGCAUCUCCCACGCCCGUGCCGUCAUCGAAAAGGCCGGCGCCGCCGCUUCCCUCAACAAGCCCUACCUCAUGCAAGACCCACAAGAAGCGCUCCGCAAGUAUGCCACCGCUCCGCCGUUACCUUCUACGUCGUCCCAGCAAGCCGAGCCCGAUCUCGAGCCGCCAGCCAAACGUGCCAAGCAUUGA